GCAUUGGCUGUGAGCGGACAUGCGGAGCAGGUCGCUGUCCUCGGUGCUGAAAUAGCUGCUCGUCUUGAUAAUGUAACGGCGAUGAGGCCAAACAGGACGACGACGGCCAAUAAACACCAAAAUGGACGAUGAUCUGUUCCAGUUGAGACAGCUACCUGUUGUCCGGUUCCGUCGAACAGGUGAGAGCACGCGCUCUGAGGAUGAUGGUGAGAAUAGAGAACAGGUUAUCAGGAUUGCAGAGCAGACUGAUUUGGAGUCUGUGGCACUUGCAGAUGGAGCAGCACUUCCACGGGAGUUUGCUAAUCCCACUGAUGAUACAUUCAUGGUUGAAGAUGCAGUAGAGGCCAUAGGUUUUGGAACAUUUCAGUUGAAACUCUCUGUCCUCACUGGUCUGUCCUGGAUGGCUGAUGCUAUGGAGAUGAUGAUCCUGAGCAUCUUAGCCCCACAGCUUCACUGUGAAUGGAGACUGCCAAGAAUCGAGGUGGCACUACUUACAUCGGCGGUGUUUAUUGGAAUGAUGAUCAGUUCAUCACUUUGGGGAAAUAUAUCUGACAAGUAUGGCAGAAAGACAGGUCUGAAGAUGAGUGUGCUGUGGACUAUGUUCUAUGGUGUGAUGAGUGCAUUUGCACCUAUUUAUGCAUGGAUCCUCUUUCUCCGUGCACUGGUGGGUUUUGGCAUUGGAGGUGCCCCACAGUCUGUGACGCUGUAUGCCGAAUUUUUGCCAAUGAGAUCCAGAGCCACGUGCAUCUUGCUGAUUGAGGUAUUUUGGGCACUGGGCACUGUGUUCGAGGUACUCUUAGCAAUCCUGGUAAUGCCCACCCUGGGAUGGCGUUGGCUGCUCGGUCUUUCAACCAUUCCACUCUUCAUUUUUGCUCUUCUGUGUUUUUGGCUACCAGAGAGUGCUCGAUAUGAUGUGCUGACAGGAAACCAAGAAAAAGCACUGGCCACAUUGAAGCGCAUUGCUACAGAAAACGGAGCACCUAUGCCUUUAGGAAAACUUACUGCUGCAAGACAGGAAGACCGUGGAAAGAUUCAAGACUUAUUUUCAUCGAACUUUCGCUGGACCACAGUUUUACUUUGGUUUAUUUGGUUUGCAAAUGCCUUCUCCUACUACGGGCUGGUGCUGCUCACUACAGAGCUGUUUCAGGAGGAAGGUGCCUGUGGAAUGUCCAUGGGUGAUAAGAAUGAGCUGAGAUGCAGCUUGGAGUGUAAAUAUCUGAAUUCUGAUGAUUAUAAAGACUUGCUGUGGACAACGUUAUCUGAAUUCCCAGGACUGCUGAUAACCCUGUGGGCUAUUGAUCGGUUAGGGAGGAGGAAGACCAUGGCAUUGUGCUUCCUUGUUUUCUCUCUGUGUAUUAUUCCUCUCUAUGGUUGUGUUGGGAGAGCAUCUAUGACCGUGUUGAUAUUCAUCGCCAGAGCUUUCAUUGCAGGAGGCUUCCAGGCUGCUUAUGUGUACACUCCAGAGGUGUACCCAACAGCGACCAGGGCUGUAGGUCUGGGAGCAAGUAGUGGAAUGGCCAGAGUUGGUGCACUUAUUACACCAUUUGUUGCUCAGGUCAUGUUGGAGUCCUCUGUGUACCUUGCUUUCUCGGUGUACUGCUGCUGUUGCCUCCUAGCUGCUGUUGCCUCCUGUGCACUGCCAAUUGAGACAACUGGCCGUGGCCUCCAGGAGUCGAGCCACUGUGAGUGGGGUCAGGAGAUGAUGGGCCGGGCCCCUUCUCAUAGUGAAGGUGGAAUUCCUUGUUCCAGCACAGAUUCCCAGGGCUGACAAAAUUUUCACCAUCAAGCACGAGGUGACCAUGGUGAAGAGGCACGGAGAUGCUGAAAGGGAAACCUUCUCCAGCUCCAUCUUCAGUUUAGGCAAUACAGUGGCUUCAGUGUCAGGCAGUACACUGUACAGUAUUUUUCAAACAAUUCAGUGUUAAUCAUAGGCGUACACCACCACCGCAGUCACAAUUUGUCACUGUAUAGCUGGACAUUAGAUGUCAGUAAAGAACAAAUGAGCUGUAACAGAUCAAAGUAAAGGAGUGGUGGAAAUCAUGGAUCCUUAGGGAAUUCAAAUGCGUCAGUAAGGGGACUUGAAUAAUGUUUUACAGAAGCAAAGGAGAAUAAGGAGGAACUGUGCAACGAGUCGGCCUUAAACCUCUACUCAGAGAUGUUUACCUUAUGAAGCAGCUCCUUUACUCAGCAUAUUGAAGUCUGCUGAGUCAUUGACAAAGAAGAGUGUGAAGUUGGGCACACAAAUUUCUAAAUCCAGUACAUG